UUUUUAAUAUAUUUUAACAUAUAAUCUAGAAGUCAAUAAUUAUAUUAAGAAUAUAUUUCUCCAUAAAGUCAUUAUAUGCUGGAGAAAUAUACGACUUUUGUUGAUAGGGACCUUAAUUUCAAAAUGAUUACUAAAGCAACAAUCUUUGUUUCAUAUGACUGCGACUCCAAAUAUAAACAGAGCAAUGUGCAGCUAGGUACUACAGGUAGCGUUGACAAUCGAUAAAGCCUUUCCAAUGGAAUGGAUAAUAUCCCAGUGAAAUAUGGUCUACCACUCAUAGCUGUUGGAGGUGUUGUUUUAAUUGUGUGUCUUUUAUUUUGCUGCUACUUAUGGAAGCUCAGAAGAGAUGCAGUUAGAGAGUUUGGAUAUAAAAUGGUUGUUUUCAAGGAAAAGAAAAAGAAAAGUUUCCCCAAUGAUGUGUGCCCAGUUUGCCUUGAUGAAUUCAAACUGAAAGAAAAGAUAGCACUGUGCCUAUGUAGGCAUGCAUUUCAUCUCAAGUGUCUUCUUCAGUGGCUGGAGCAAAGAAAUUCUUGUCCGAUGUGCAAUACUCAAGUUCGCAGGAAUCCCAAUGAACGCUCUGGACUUGUAGCCAAUGCGGAUUCUUAUGCAUAACAUGUUUAUGCACUUAUCUUGGAUAUAAAGAAACUGAAGUGUUUUUAAAGAUGAUUAUCAUUUUACAGAUUGCAUUUUAAUUUUAAAAUAGGAGAAAAUGAAAAAAAAAACAUAUUAGUUUAUUUAAUUAUAUUAUUUUUUAAUUACUUUUGUAAAAAAUGUAGAAAUAAUUAACAACAUCUUCGCAUAUUUCUGUGCAUACUGCUGAGUGAACCUUUAGAUUGAAAUAGAAUGUAGGAAGUUUAAGAGAUGGUGAAGUUCUUGACAAAUGAGUCCAGAAGUUGUCCCGAUAAGGUUUUUAUAUAUGUUAUGGUCAACUGGCAACUCAAACUGUUUCAAAGUAAUUACUGAAAGAGACAACUGUUUUCAUUGUCUGAUGAGAACAUAUUUGUAUUUUUAAAAUGUUCUAUAAUUUAGUGUUUUGUUUUGAAAAUUGAUAUUUCAAAUGAUGCACUUUUCUUAUUGUAAGUUAUGUUUUGGUUGGUAUGGGACUGGAUUAUCCAACGAAUGGUAUAAAUACAACUGAAGUGGAGAGAGGUGGAGACUGUACGUGUGUCAGUGAGGAGACGGUGUUCAUUUCACAUUGACUGACAAAAUGUGCUGUCUCAACUUGCCUUGCCGAGGAGGUUCCAGGUCAAUUUCAAAACUUGUUGCCAGAUCGAAUUACAAUGUUCUAGUAACUAUUAAAUGGAACCUUAUUAUCAAGUUUUAUGUUCAGAGCAUUCUGUUACACAUUUUGGCCUUUGUUUGGCAGAUGUCAUCAUGUGGCAUAUGCACCAUAUGGGAUUGCCCAAAAAUUUUGCCCGCAAGGGGCACCUUGGGGGAGUAGUCCAGACCCCCCUCCCCCCCCUUAAUGUUAAAAUAUACAAUUUAAAAGACCUGAUACAGUUGACACUUGUUCUCCCCUCCCUCCUUAAGAAAUUAUUUAGUAAGUUAAAUGCUCAGUUUGUUUCAAGACCUUGAAAGAUUACGUGAGAUAAGAGAUUGGAGCAAAAUCAGUGUAAUAGUGUUCUCCAUUGAAGAUGCAAAACGUGUGUUCCUCAGAAUUUUAUAAUUAAGUAGUCAUAAAAUAUAACCGUUUCAACUGCUUUGAACAAUUCAAGGCAAAGAAGUCAAAUAAUUUGGCCACUAUGGUUUAUUUACUGAUGAUGAUUACAUUGGAAUUGACACUUGAGGUAAUCAAUAUACAUGUUAAAUACCCUUCUGGUAAUGUAAUAAAUGACUUUCAUCUUG